GCCACGCGGGGAGCUGUGCUGUACCGGGAGUAUCCCUGGGCUGGGUGCGGGGAGCAUCUGGCGAUGGGGGAGGGCUGUUGGGCGGUCAGGAGUGUCCCUGGAUUUAGGUGCAGCUGGAGUGUCAUGGGGGACCAGGCGUGGUCCCCCAGUUCUGAGUCGGGCAGAGGCCACGGCCAUGGGCCCUGGGGCGGCCCCGCGCUGGGCUCUGCUCUCGGAGUGCUCGCGCGGCUCCUCUCCGCGGGGUAGGGGCGGGCUGGCUGAGGUAUCUGCACGUCAUGUCUUGAUUUUCACGAACAAAGCUGGGACGGGGGUGUUCGGUAAAAUCCAGCCCUCUGCUGCUGGACAUUUGAGGGGCAAGGCUGCGCUUUCUGGACAGGAAUGAGGGCAGUGAGAUUUGGUCUCUGUGCCUUUGUUCCCUGUGUUAAGGCUUGAGAGGAGAAUCCUGUCUUCUGCCCUAGGAGAGUUAAGGGAACAGUUCUGCUUUAAGUGUGAAAGCUGAGUGUGAGGAGAGGGGUUCUCUGACAGAGCUCUGAAAUGGAAGCAGCUGUCCCGACUCCAGCGGAGUGUCAUUCUCUUCCUGUUUGCAUUCUUGUCGGUGUGUGGAGUCAUUUCGUACACAAGCAUGGGGGAAGUAUGGAAAAGUAUAACAAACAAAUCAUUGGAUGAUCAGAGAACAGAACAAGAAAUUCCUAGAUUAAAGCUGGCAAAUCCAGCUGUUCUACCAGCACCCCAGAAAGCAGAUGCCAACCGUGGAGACUACCCUGAGCUUUCACUGCAGAAGCCACCAAAACCACCUCAUGUUCGUCGUGGGCCUUCCAAUCUUCAGAUCAAGGCACCACGGAGAGACACAAAGCUGAAGAUCCAACAAGAUACUAUGAGGGCUGUAGAAGAGUUGGUCGAAGCAGAUAAAGUAGAGAAAACAGAGAAAACCAUUAUCAGCUGGAGAGGAGCAGUCAUAGAACCUGACCAAAGCACUGAACCUCCAUCUAGUAAAAUAAUGGAACCAGAAAAACCUUCAUCUGUGGAAGCUGAAGACCAGAAAGAACCAGUGCCCAUCAAUGAGCGCCAGCUGGCUGUGGUUGAAGCCUUCCGCCAUGCCUGGAAAGGCUACAAGGAUUUUGCCUGGGGCCAUGAUGAACUGAAGCCUUUGUCCAAGUCUUACAGCGAGUGGUUUGGACUUGGGCUUACCUUAAUUGAUGCCUUGGAUACCAUGUGGAUUUUAGGCUUAAAAGAAGAGUUUGAAGAAGCAAGAAAAUGGGUAGCAAAUGAUUUAGUAUUUGAUAAAAAUGUGGAUGUGAACCUAUUUGAGAGCACUAUCCGUAUCCUGGGUGGCUUGCUGAGCACCUACCACCUCUCUGGAGAUACCCUUUUCCUGGAAAAAGCUAAAGACAUUGGAAACAGGCUUAUGCCAGCAUUCAAGACCCCCUCCAAGAUCCCAUAUUCUGAUGUCAACAUUGGUCGGGGCACUGCACAUCCCCCUCGCUGGACAUCUGACAGCACUGUGGCAGAGGUGACCAGCAUUCAGCUGGAGUUCAGGGAGCUCUCUCGUCUCACUGGAGAUGAGAAAUUCCAGAAAGCUGUAGAUGAGGUGAUGAAGCAUGUUCACACGCUCUCAGGGAAAAACAAUGGCCUCGUGCCUAUGUUCAUAAACACCAACAGCGGGCAGUUCACCCACCUAGGGGUCUACACUCUGGGAGCCAGAGCUGACAGCUACUAUGAGUAUCUGCUCAAGCAGUGGAUUCAGGGUGGAAAGAAAGAAAAUGAGCUGUUGGAAGACUAUAUGAGAGCCAUAGAAGGAGUGAAAAAGCAUCUUCUUCAGAGAUCAGAACCCAAGAAGCUUACUUUUGUAGGAGAGCUUGCUCAUGGCCAUUUCAGUGCCAAGAUGGAUCACUUGGUUUGCUUCUUGCCGGGUACUUUAGCAUUGGGAGCUCACAAUGGACUGGCUGCUGAUCAUAUGAAAUUGGCUGAAACUCUUAUAGAAACCUGCUACCAGAUGUAUGCUCAAGUAGAGACAGGCCUGAGCCCAGAGAUUGUACACUUCAACCUCCAUGCACAGAAGGGCCACAAGGAUGUGGAAAUCAAGCCUGCAGACAGGCACAACUUAUUGCGACCAGAAACUGUGGAAAGUCUUUUUUAUAUGUACAGAUUCACGGGUGAUAAGAAAUACCAAGACUGGGGCUGGGAAAUCUUGCAGAAUUUCAACAGAUACACCCGGGUUCCCACAGGUGGUUAUACUUCCAUUAACAACGUUCAGAAUCCCAGUAAUCCAGAGCCACGGGAUAAAAUGGAGAGCUUCUUCCUUGGGGAAACACUCAAAUACAUGUUUCUGCUGUUUUCAGAUGACAUAGACUUAAUCAACCUUGACAAAUACGUCUUUAACACAGAGGCUCAUCCACUCCCUAUCUGGGUGCCAGCAUAGACUCUGCAUCAGUGGAUCUUCCAGUGGUGGCAUUUUUAUCUUCAAGUCACUUUACUUUUCAGGGUUUGAGGAGAGAUGCUAUAAUGCACCUUUUUUGACUUCAAACAACAAACAUAAGCUUGGGAAAUGCAUCUCGGGUUUGAAGAAAUCAUGUCAGUCUUAAAUCUAUUCCUUGGUUGUUGGAUGGGCAAAGUUGUGCCAUAUGAAGCUGGUUUCCCUGGGAAUGAUGAGGUUCAGAAGGUAAUCAUAGUGUGGACCGUGACAUUCUCGGGGCUCUGGUGACGCAGAACUCACUUAUGUCAGUGUUACUAAAUGCUCAUUAAAUAUUGGGAAUGCAGCGAGUUGGCUUAGGGCACGACAUUGUUCCUGGAGAGUAGGAAUAAGCCUACAGUUUUCUGGUUUAUUCUGGAUUCACUGAAACACUGGAUUACAGAGCCAUUCCUUUGUCAGACUGUGACAGUGGUUCAAGUGGCAAGUGGAAUAAACAAAGAGCUGUAAUGCUGUCCCAGGGAGAAGCUGUCAGUAUAGUAUUGCUGCUGGUACUCUGAUCUCAUUCCAAACUCCUGAGCUAUGCUGCAUCACCUUAGGAGAAGGAAGGGGCAGCAGAGCAUCUGUUGUAUAGUAUCUUAGUUUUGUAGAGCACUUUGUACAGUCUAUUCAAGCUGUGGCUGAAAUCAUGGUAAAAGAGAAUUUGCUGCUGGUUUGGCUCAAAGUGGUAUAUAAUUUUGUAGAGUUAUUGCAGUUUUAUAACUUCCCUGCAGGAAUGCAGGAGAUAAUGUGAAAUGCAAGUAAAACUACAUGUGCAUUUUAUAUCUUUAUUUGCAUCAGUUAGACUCAGGUAUUCUGACUGAAAGCUGCUUUCUGAGGUUGGACAGUGCAAAAGCUUGUGAUGAGCAUAUUAGGUAUCAGCCUCCUUCCAUCCCUUCCUGUUGUGGUAUCACAUCAUGGGUGUUUGUUGACUCAAAACAAGCUUACAGCUGUAUAACAAAGUUCUUGUUAUUUGUAAUUUCUUGGACCAUGGAGAAAUUUUGAGUUAUUUUUUUCCUUAGGACUAGUGUUAAAAGCAGACAGUCUAAAGGUAUUACAGCAGUUCUAGUCCCCAGAAGAAUCAGAGAAAUUAAUUUCAGUUACUUGAAGACAAAGUAGACCCAGGGUUUUUAAGAAUCUUACAGGAGCCCUGGGAUCUUUCAUUUUUAUAUGUGCACACUUACAGAUUUUAAGCUGUGAAUUUGGAAAUGAGCUUUCUAGAGUGCUUUUCCUUUUGGAUUUGCACUUGGACAGUCCUGUAUUCAUGGCUAAGAUCUCAGAAAUGUGAUUGAUCAUAUUUCCAGAAGAGUUUGGUCUCACUGAAAGUCUCUUUCCCUCAUGGCAGUAAGUGUCACAGGCAGGGCCAGGAGCUGCAGUCCCACUAAAUCCAGGGGUCCCUGGCCGUUCAUGGACCUGACUGAAUAUGACUCUGGUGGUUCAUUUUCCAGUGGCUGAAGGAUGUAUUUUAUAGUAACUGUAACUUUUGAUUUGUAAAGUAAGAUGCAUCUUUAUUUGUUUUAUGCUGAUCCUUUCUGUUUGCUGGAGUUACAAGCUACUCUUGGGACCACUAUUUAAAUCUUUUAUGUAAUAUUUAUCAUUCCAUGUACUAAUGGAAAUGGAGAAAUUUUACAAAUUAUUUAAAUGCACAUCAGAAGGACCCUGUCCUGGGAUUGGCAGGACAUAACUGGUCAGUGCAGAAUGUUAAUGUUCCUCCUGUUCACAUGCCAGCAAUAAGUCUGAAAACGAGCUUCUCACAAGUGCAUUGGAAUCCAGUCACUAUGGCCUUUGGUUGCACAACUGAUUCGCUGCCAAGGCUUCUGUUUUCUUUGGCACAACAACAAAUGAGGAUAGUGCAGGGGAAAUGAGGAAGGAAACACCUUCAGUUUUUUUGUUCAUGAAGCAGCUUUGUGCUGCUGAGGAGCUGAGCUUUGGCUAAAAGCUAAAGGCUUAAAAUUGGAGACUAAAGAAAAAAUGAAAAAUGUAAAUUCAGUGAUACUACCCAGGUCCUUCUGACCUGUGUUGCUUUGGCCUUGUGCCUUUGAACAAAGUGAAUUUCGAUCCUUUAAUUCUGACUGUGCUAUGGAUUCUAAAACUUCCAGGGUUCUGAGUUUCACCCAAAGAGCCGCCUGACUGAGGCAAGAGAGAUUUCUUAGAAAAUGGAAUACGUAUAAAUGCUUACCAAAAAUCUUCUGAUUUUGAAGCUGUACACAAGUCUUAAUGUAAUCGAUUCUACAAAUGGGAGUAUGGGAGUCUGUGUGAUACUUUUUUUGCCUUGGCUUCAGAGUAAUAAUUAAUUUCCUAAUGAGUUGAAGAAGAGACAAAUAAACUUUCACUUUCCCAAACAUGUCUUGUCUUUUAGCUGAACCUGUUGAGCCAGCUGAUUUCUGUCUAGUUCCUCUUGGGACAUGCAGUCUCCUCAAAAUGUGGCUUUACUGUCCUCAGCCUUGAAACCUGAAGUUCAGAUUUUUAGCUCUUACUAGUUAGCUCUCUCUGUCUCUUUGAGAACAAAUGCUUGUUUUGGACCUCUAUAUUGUGUGUGAAAUGACACAAGCUAAAUAAUCUCAAAAAAGCUCAUCUGUUCUUCUGCAGAGGUCAUUUUAAUUGCUUAUUUAUUUUUACUUCCAUAACAAACUGUUGGGUAACAUCAGUCUCUGAGCUCCACAGCCUAUUUCUGUUUCACAAUGUGCUCCUCCAGCACAAUAGAAGCUCAUGGUUUCCCUUUGUGGUUCCUUGUUUCAAAGCUUGAACUGCUGGGUCCAUAACCCACUUUGGUGUUUCUGCAUGCUGGGACACUCCUGGCUUAAGUGGAGUGUUGUGGAAAGGCCACCACUGAGCCAGGGAUUCUGUCCUUUCACAAUUGAAAGCCUUGGGCUUCCACUCAGAAACAGAGCUGGACACGGGGAGAGCCAAUAGAAUGCAGGAGCUAUGGACUUGGGACUUUAAGCCACAGUGCAGGAAACAAUGACCUGUUUGAUUAAAGAAAAUUCAGCAGAUGGGGCACAGUUACCAUCUAAUCCCUGAACUUUUGAAAGCUGAAUUCUCAUUAAAGGUCUUAGAAAGUGGCAGUUUUGUAAGGUCCCUGGUGUUGGCUGAUGGAACCUUGUGUUUCUCAGGACUUCUGUGUAGCAGGAUUUUCAGCAUUCCAUGCCAAGCUCAGGUACAGCUCUAUUUACUCCUCCAAAGAAUACACCUUGUUUCCUGUUCCAUGCCAGUGUGAUGUUGGCAGUGAUGACAGAUGAAGACAGGAGAGUUUUUUGCAAUAACACAUUUACAAUUUUGUAGAUUUUUCCUGCGCUUCAGAACUUGCCUCACCUGUGCUCUUAGAAAAAGCCCUGCAAGGGAAUUCAGUACCUGACUGGCAGUGCUAUGAUCUGGGGUAUAUUUAAUAGGAUCAGUAAAACUGACAUGAUGGGGUAGCCUCAUGAAGCUUGCUUCAAGAGAAGGGGAUUAAGAUUCUUCUGACUUUGGGUUUGGAAAGAAAGACGUGGGUUUUUUUGAUCUCUGAAAUACUGCUGGAGAUGGUUGUCCAAAGCUGGAAGCAUCUGUGUCCACUGGAGCCCAACCCCGAGUUCCUGUUCUGUACAGUGUUCCCACCUUGGCUGCACUCAUUGUGUCAGUAGAUGAUGAUAGAACAAAUGAGCCUUUGUUCUACAACCUCACCGGUGCAGGCCUAAAGCACAGGGGCUGGUCUGGGUCACUCACUGCUUACAUGCCAUUUUCCUUUUGUGGCCCUGAAGUUCAACGAGGAGCAGCAUUCCCCUGAUGCUCAAGAGUGGUGUUUUGGGGCUCUUCGCUUCAGCUCAGACAACACCACACAACAGGGUUUUCUUUUUACCUCCCCUGCUUUCUUGCUGAAGGAUUCAAAACAAUAUGGAUGUUGGUGACUCUGGUGUCAGACGUCUGCCAUGAUUUCUUUUAUAGCACUGCUCAUCUGUCCUGGAUAUCCAUGUGUAUUAUCUCUUUGCCAUACUAUCUGAAAGCCUUUCGUUUAUCCUUCCAUAUCAAUCAAGCUGUGUGUAUUUCUUUGAAAUAAAAACUAUCUGUAAAAGGAAGAUAAGAGCACAGUAUAGUCCAGUAGAAGGGCUUCAAAAAAUUCAUCUCUUUGGAAGAUCAGCAGACACCCAGGCCUCCUUUCUUUCCAAAGCACAAACCCAGCCCUAGUGACUGGGAUAACUUGCAGUGACUUCCUAAAACACCUGCCCCUGAACCUGGCUGUGUUCAAACAUUUGUAGGCUGGUGAUGACUGGAUGCUUGCUUAUGGGUGUGACGGGUGCUGUUUAAAGGGCAAUAAAAGCAGGAUGUAAUCCUUGCUCUCUGCUUUUUUUCCCUAAUGUGGUGUUAAUCCUGAAUAAUGGCUGGGGUAUAGCAUUAUCUGAAUUCCGGAAAGUUGGGGGCUCUGAGCCCAACAGAGGAUGUCCACUUCAGUAAGGCUUGAUAUGGCAGCAACACACCCAAAGCCUGACUUGAGUAGGAGCAAAAAGGACAGUGGCGACUCUAAGCAGGACCUAUGGAGGUUUUCAUCAGCAUGAACAGAGUGGAUUCAGGUCAAGCUGAGGAUGUAGUGCCACUGGCAGUCUUGGAGCAACUUUUGUAGGGACUGGAGUUUGACUAACUGGGUCUUCCAAGUUGUCCUUCAUUUACAUGUAUCUGAAAUAGCUGAUCCAUUUGUUCCUGCUCUCCUCAGCAUCCCUGGCUGGAGGGAGCAGAAGCUUUGGUCUUCUGUUAAGAACAGGGCAGAGGUGGGUAGACAGAUCUCAGCACCCAAAUAUUGUGAAACACCAGCAGUGGCCUCUGCGAACAAGCCCUGCUGUGACCAGGGAGGGCCCAGCAGUGUGGACACUGACAACAAGCAUCACUGUGACUGUGCUGCACAAACAGUGAAAACCUUUGGGGACUUGGGAAACCUCUCCACUAACUCAUAAAAUCACUAUAAAGUAAAAUCAACUGAGGCAGCCAGCUGAUUACCAGGAAUUAAUAUUUUGGCAGUUAUGCUAGGAAUUCUUGGUGCUUACUCAGUUCCGUAGCACCCAUUCAUGUGUAAAGAUCCACCUCGGAAGUUAAGAAGGAACCUUUUUUAUCUUUGGUUAUACUACCAAGCCAUGAAAAUAUAUCACACCCUUUAAUAAACCUUUAUAUCACACACUUUAAUUUACAUAUAAUUGAUUUUAAAAAGCUCUUAAGAUGUCUCAGUGGAAGUGUGCUUUACUGGUCACCAAGACCCAGCCCUUGAGUGACAGCAGUGCACACCAGCAUUCUUUUGUGUAAAUCUUCAUUCAGCAACUGGAAUCUCCUGGACAAGUUAAAACUAAAACACCCCCAACCCACAGCCCUGGCUAACACUGAUAGUCUGUUUUAGGUAACUGGUCACUAGUGGAGCUCACCAUGAUCCUGUGUCAUGAUCAUACCUCUGCUUUUCUACUACCCCUCUAGUAUUUCCUUUUUCUGUACAAAUAAUUUAGUUUCAACCUUAAGGUGCCUCAUGCAACCAUCCUGUUCAGAUCUGUGAUGGUUCUUGGACCUUCUAGGCAAGCUUUUCGUACUG